AUGGACCCCGAGGGGUCGCUGGACCUCUUCGAGAGCUUCGUCCAGGAGGACCCGGGGUCCCACAAGGACCGGGACGUGACGUGGACGUGGCUCCUGUCGACGCCGACGAGGACCCUCAGGCUCUGCGCGGCGUCCGAGGACGCGUCCGAGGCCUGGCGGGAGUCCCUCGCCCUCGCGGGCCAGUACGCGAGCCGCGUGCGCACGCGGCUCCACCCGCUCCUCGCCGCGAAGCGCGACAAAGUCGAGGAGGAGCAGGGCGCGGCGCCGCAGCGCCGCGGGUCCCAGUUCGGCCGGCGGCGCGCGUCCUGGCUCGCGAAGCAGUCCUGGGACCUCGGCGACGAGGACGCGAAGCGCUGCUACCCGACGGGCGCGGGCCUCUUCAACGCGACGUGCGGGUCGCCCGCGGCGUUCGUCGUCGAGACGCUCGACGAGCGCGGCGACCCGCUGGACUCCGGCGGCCUGUCCUUCACCGCGACCCUCGAGAACGAGUCGCACCUCUUCAAGCUCGACGUCGUCGACGAGAACUCGGGCACCUACGCCUGCGAGUACCGCGUCGCGCCGCCGCCGGGCCUCUACGAGCUUAGCAUCCUGCUGAACGACGAGUUCCACGUCGAGGGCAGCCCCUUCACGUGCACGGUCGCGCCGGGCCCCGCCGUCGCCCACAAUUCGGCGCUCCGCGGCGACGGCGUCGCCCGCGCGGCGCCGGGCGACGAGGCCCACUUCUGCCUUCAAGCGCGCGACGCGCACGGCCACGACCUCCAAGCGGGCGGCGCGGCCGUCGAGGUCCGCAUCGACGGGCCCGCGGCCGUCGUCGCUUUGACGGACGACGGCGACGGGUCCUACACGUGCUGCUACGAGGUCGAGGACGCGACGGGCUCCGGCGACGCGCUCGGCGAGCGGCCCGACGCGUGGGUCGCGGCGCGCGGAAAAGCGGACGCGCGGCUCCCGGCCGCGUCCCACCCCCUCGACAGCAAAGUCCUCGUCCACGUGCUCCUCGACUCGAAGCACGUCGCCGGCUCGCCCUUCGCGCCGGAGAUCGUGCCCGCGGCCGCGCCCGAGCAGGCGCCGCCGCCGCCGAAGCGGGCCGCGUCGCCCCGCGACGCGCCGUCGCCCGCGGGCACGCCGCGCCUCACGCACGCGGACUACACGCCGCGCAAGAGCCCCGCGUCGUCGAACCGGUCCGACGCGUCGCCGGAGCCGCUGCCGCCGCCGCCCGCGGCGACGGCGCGCACGCCCGACAAGCUCAAGCUCGCCGCGCGGCCGCUGCUCUCGCCGGGCGACAUGCUCAAGGCCACGCACCGCGACCGCGCGGUCCACGACGCGCUCCAGGCCUCCGAGGGCCAGCUCCGCGAGGUCUUCCUCCACUACGCGCACCUGCCCGACGCGUCGACGUCCAUCGCCGUCGACAAGUACCUCGUCUUCGACGACGACCGGGGCAAGGGCCUCGUGAACCUCGGCCGCGACUUCGAGAUCUGCCCCCACCUCCUGCCCAAGUCCGCCCUCCACAAGUGCUACUCCGCCGUCGCGAACCAGCACGGCUCCAACCCCUACGGCCUCACCUACGCGCAGUUCCUCGACCUCGUCGCCGUGCUCGGCCGCGCGGCCUUCGACAAGCCCCACUACCAGGCGCUCUACACGACCAACGCCGCCAAGCUCAGCGUCCUCCUCGAGCGCUGGGGCCUCGCCGACCCCGUCCGCCUCGAGAUCAUCCGCAACCGCGCCUAG